AGCUGGAGACGCGGGACGGCAGUGUGGCGGUGCCGGCGGCGAAGACGCGGGUGGAGAGCGUAGAGCUGGUGCUGCCCCCACACGCCAACCAUCAGGGCAACACCUUCGGUGGGCAGAUCAUGGCCCGGAUGCAGACACUGGCCGCCUGCCCCCGCAGCCGGCUGUGCCAUGCCCACCCCACACUGCGGGCCAUCGAGAUGUUCCACUUUCGGGGACCAUCCCAAGUUGGGGACCGCCUGGUGCUCAAAGCCAUCGUCAACAACGCCUUCUGCAUGGAGGUGGGGGUCUGCGCCGAGGCGUACGGCCAGGAGAUGUCCGUCAGCCGAAGGCACAUCAACAGCGCCUUCAUGACCUUCGUGGUGCUGGACCAGGAGGGCCGGCCCCGCACCCUGCCGAUGGUGGCACCCGAGCCGGGGGACGGAGAGAGGAGGUACAGAGAAGCCAGCGCUAGGAAAAAAAUUCGACUGGACCGAAAAUAUGUCAUCUCCUGCAAACAGACCGAGGUGCCGCUCUCCGUGCCCUGGGACCAAAGCAACAAGGUUUAUCUGAGCUACAACAACGUCUCUGCGCUGAAGACGCUCGUAGCCAAAGCCAACUGGACACUCGCCAGAGAAAAGGAAAAGGUGCGGAUGUACACGCUGGAGGAGGACAAGUUCCUCUCCUUCCGCAUCGAGAUGUCAGUCCGCAUCACCGCCGGCCAAGCCUUCUCCCUGCUCUCCGACCUGCGGCGCCGGCACGAGUGGGACAGCCACUACGCGAGCGCUGAGCUCGUCCAGCAAGUAGAUGACGAUGACAUGAUCUACCACGUGGUGAGCCAGACGCUCAGCCGCGAGAACAAGCCACAGGACUUCGUCAUCCUGGCGUCCCGACGGAAACCCUGCAGCAAGGGGGACCCCUACGUGGUGGCCUUUCGGUCGGUGACACUGCCCACCCACCCCGCCAGAGCCGGCUUCACGCGGGGGGAGACACUCUGCUCCGGUUUCUGCAUUUGGCCGGAGUCGGAGGAAAUGAGCAAGGUGGCUUACUACAACCAAGCUAUGCCAGGGUACCUCAACUACGUCACCACCAAUGUGGCAGGACUGUCCUCCAACUUCUGCGCCACCUUCGAAGCCCGCGAGAAGUUCCUUCCUGAGAAACUUUUUUUUCUAGAGCCGUGGCACCCCUGCUGA